CACCAAAAAUAAAAAAUAAAAAAAUUCCAUUGUGUUUUCUGAUGUCACCCUUUCAUUUCUUUUAGAAAUUCUUUUAUGUAGCAAAAUCAGUGUAUCAUAUUUUACGUUAGGGAAAAAAUAUGCUAUCCAAAAGGCAAGCAGUUUUUCUUUGGAUUCUAUAGGGCUGAUCUUAUCAGAGACAUUUUCCCUUCUUGCUCACCACAGUAACCUCAAACAGAUACUCAGAGCCCUGAGACUCAGGCAAUCUGAAAUCUCACACUAUAUUAUCUCUUCUUUGUGUUUAGGCUGUCAGAAGGUCAAAAUAGUUCUCCCUUUCUUGGAAUUAGAGUUUUUGUUCAUGUUUAGAGGUUUUGUGACUCCUAAUAAAUUUCCUACUCACUGAUUUUCAGACUCUAGAAUACCUUUUCUCAGUCCAGAUUGCUGGAAGGAAUACUGUAGCCAUAUUAUUGGCAGAAUGACUCUCCAGGGUAGCCUUAGAAAUAUUAAAAAACCAUUAAGGGUUGAGGCUGAGGUGCCUGCUACCCCCAGUAGCCUACUAGUACUACUAUUUGUCUCAAUCAGGGCACUUUGAGACUGGAGAGAGCAGUAGUAAUAAUUAUUCCAGGACAACAGGCGUAAACUGGAACUGUUCUAGCUUACCACGAUAUAUGUUGACUUUAUCUUUAGAUAUACUGUUUUGUCUUCCCUUUGCCAGAGAUGAUACUCAAAUUUAGUCCAAAAGAAUUUUGUUUCAAAUGUUGGAUGUCCUUUGGGCUAUAAUGCUGUGUAUUGACUGUUUUUAAAGCCAUGCUGUGAAAAUCACCAGGUACAAAAUAAUAGAAUGAAAUCACGUUUGUUGUUCGUCUUGAUUUUUGGAAACUAGUACUUGAAAAUAUAUUUGAAUAUUCCCAAAGUACCACAAAGCUAUCCUCAAUUUCAUAUUUUAAGAUUCUUUAACAUGAAUAGUUUUUCUAACAUGCAGAACUUCUCACAUGUGUAUCAGCCAACUCUGAAACAUUUGUUCUAUAUUGUUGAGGACUUUUUUGAAUGUUGUCAUUUACAGCCAAUUGUACAUCUGUGACUGACUUUGAUGACUGUCCAGGGAAUACAACAGGUUUUUGUCCAGAGAACAUUGUUUGUACAUGCAAAGAUGGAGAGCCUUUUUGCAAAUGUCCAAAUUUCAGAGGUCAAUGGGGAAAUUAUUGGUACAUGGGGGCGAAAUGUGACCAACUCUGGAAUACUCUGGACCUGAUUUUAGUAGCAGUGUUGCCUGGAAUAGGACUGGCUUUAAUAGUUGGUGUAACAAUCCAGACUAUCCACUACUGUAAAAAGAAGUCGAAGAAGAAUAUAAAUGAUCACCGAGGACAGAAGAGUUUAUCAGGACUCCAACUUCAGCAUAAUUCUGCAUAUACUUUUGAUACUGCUAUGAGACCUUCUCAACCCGAUCAAGGCCAGAAACCCUGGAGCCCAUCCCUUCAGAGUGUCCUUCCCAGAAGUCCUAUAUCUCCACCACCACAGUUCUCUGGAAGAAAUUACAACUUUAUGAUUCAUGAGCCCAAGGACGUCAAUCCUUACAUCAAUCCAUCUUAUAAUUGGGAUAGCUCUCUGGAAACAGCUAAAUCUGAAGCAUAUUAUGGGAACAAGUAUUCUUCAACCAUGCACAUGAAGCCAUUCUUCAGUUCUUCCACACCAGGAGUUCCAAAGUCAAGCCACAUUCAAAGAGAGAGACAACAAAUUGGAUAUCCAAGUUCUGAAGAGCCAGAAAUCCCUUAUAGGAUAGGACGUGCAAAAAUGAAAUUCAACUAUUAAAAGUUUCCUGCAGAAAAAUUAUAUAUAUAGAUAGAUAUAAUCAUCUAAUCAUUUUAAAAGCAUACUCAAAAUACUUAAAGAAAACACUAUGAGUAUUAUUUACCUAUGCUGUAAACUAUACUUUACCUUUCUUUCUGUAUUUAUGCCAUCAAUUUUUAUCUCUUUAUACCUGUAACUUUUCCUCCCACCCCCAUGGCCACAGAGAAAAACUUUCAUUUCCAAUAUCCAACUUCAUUAACUCAGCAGGGAUGGCAAAUACUUGUUAUCUCUAAAAUUCAGCAUAACACUUGCUUACUGAUUUAUGACAUGUAUCUCUAUAAAGUGCUCAGUGAAAUGCAUAGAAGGUUGGUUGCAAAUUACUUAUAGAGAAUAUUAAAUACUUUUUAGUUACCAGAUAAAUCUAAGGAAUUGCACCAAAGCAUCAGUAUAUAAAUAAUGAAUUUUGUUUGAAAUGUACAACUUGAUUAUAAAUUAAUUUCUUAAAAUAAACUAAGAAUUGCUAAAUGAUUUCUGUAAAGUGAGUGGUGCAGUGGAAUGAUCCCAAGAUCUUGGUUCCUCCUUCCUCUAUUUUCUUUCUUCCCUUAUUCCUUCUUCUCUCCCAUUAUCUCUCCUUCUUUUAAAAAGGACUUACUUCACACCAACUAUGUGCCAAGCAUUGGUUAGUUUCUAAGGUACAAAGAUGAAUCUAAGGUAGUCCCUGGAGCUCAGACUGGUAGAAGAGACUGAGACAAAAAUCACUUACUACUAUCCAAUGUGAUCAUUACAAUGAUAGAAAUGUAUACAAGAAAGUAGGAAAUCAAAGAACAAUUAACCAAGCAUGGGAGAAAUGUGAUGAUAAUGGUGGAGAAAUAAGGCCACAAAAAAUGGUGAUGCCUAAGCUGUCAUAAAGCUAAGUAGGAGUUAGCUUUAUGAAAGGAGGUUUGGAGAGAGUUUUUGCAAGAGAGAGAAAGAAAAAGAAAACAGAAGUGAAAAACAACAUGGAGUAUGCAGGGAACUUCAAGUACUGCUGGAGUGUAAAAGUGAGGAAGAGAACAGAAGAGGUAAGGCUGAGGAGUUAGCCAAAGACUAGGUCACGGAGGGUCUCAUAUGCCUUGUUAAGUAGUUUAGACUAAAUCUUAUUGGUUAUGUGCAUCCAUGGAAGGUUUUUAAAUAGUCAUAAUCAGAUUUUAUGAUUUAGACUGAUCACUCUGAUCACUGUGUGGAGGAUGGAUUUGAAGGAGAUAAGAUGAGAGGCAGGGCGACUAUUAAGAAGGCAAAGAUGAUGAGUACUAUGACUGGAGAAGUGAGAAAAAAAAAACUGAGAGGAAAAACAGAUAGAAGCAUCUUCUUGGAAGUAAAUUGACAAGACCUGGAGGCUCAUGAGAUGUCACAGAUGGAAGGAAGAAGUUAUUAUGUCUGAAAGGAUGUUGGCACUAUUCAUGGAGGUAAGUUUACCUCCUGUUAACAGGUCAACAGGUCAGUGAGCAGGCUGGGUGGGAGUAAGAGAAGGAAAGAGCUGGACAUGUAGGGGCAGAUUAAUGCCACUGUAAACCCAUAACUUCCAGACUCAACUGGGCCAUUAAUAUCACCCAGCCAUCGGACCACGAGAUAGGUCACUCUCCAACUCCCCACAGUGAUUAGUUUACACCUUUCCUGGAGCUUUGACUCAUUCCCUACUCUUACAAUCCCGUUCUCAGGAGAUGACCUCACCUUGUAAUUUAAAGAGUAAAUGGAACCCAUCAGAUGAGAACUCCCAAACCUACAAAUGGUCACGCAUUCACUCUCUUAUUUCAAGCUGUCUCACAUCCCAUCUAAGGGCAACCUGUUCUCUGAAUCCCAUCCUCGCCUGCCUUUACCUGGACCUCGCUGCAUCAAUUAUCUUCCUUUUCUCCUGGGUAUCUUCAAUUUCUCUCUCUACUGGCUCCAUCUCAUAAGCUGAAAAAUACACUAAACUUUAAGAAAGACAGAGAACCCCUCUGUGGAAGCCAUGAGAAUGUAUGUCACAACAUCUAACAAAGGGCCCAAGCUACUCUGCUCCCAAAAUCUAUCCCUGCAUUUGCCUGGAGACUAUGCUUCCCCCAGGCUGCUCCUAGCUUAUGCCAGAGAGAAGGAGGGAUACUAAUGUUGGUCCAUUUCUGAGAGUUACGGGACCCCUCUGAUAGCUUUGGCUUGAGGACUCCCUAAUGGCUUUGCUGAACUCCCCUUAGAUGGCACAGCAGUCUUGGACACUUCCUCCCAACUUUCCUUUCCUCUCUCCUCCACUCAGUCAGACUCUCAGUCUUUUCCAGAUUCCUCCCCAUUUUCUCUCAACAGGUAUUUCCUCCAACAAAACAUCCUUGCACAGUCUAAUCCCACCCUGAUGUUUGCUUCUGGGAGGGCCUAGUUAUUUAACACACCCCCUUAACACCAAUUUCCCCUUCAACUUUACUGUUCUUUCCUUCACAGUCAAGCUUCUGGAACGAAUUGUCUUUACUCUCUGCCUUCAUUUCCUUCUCUUUGCCUCAUCCCUCAAUUCACACCAAUUUAGCUUCAAUACCUACUACCACAUCCAAAUUACUCUUACUGAGGUCACCCAUCGCCUCUUGGUCACAAAAUCUAAUAUAUGAUUUUUAAUCUUUAUUUUACCAGUCACCAGAAUUCAUCACCAAUGAUCCUCUUUGAAACAUUCUCUUUGGUUUGUGAGGCUAUGCUCUCCUUGUGUUAUACUUAACUCUUUGCUCAGCAUCUUUUGCUGGCUUCUCCCUCUACUCAACUCACUAACCAUUGGAGUUAGGCCCUUUUUUCUUUUAACCCUGUUCAUUCUCCAUAAGCAAUUUAAUUUGACCUCAUUAUUUUAAUUAUCAUCUGCAAUAACUCUCAAUUCUAUAUCUAAACAUCUUCCUGACCUUCCUAUGUGGCCAUCUGCCUAUUGGACAUCUCCACUUGGGUAUCUCAAAAGCAUGGAAAACUCACUAUUUCUGAAAGUGAGGUCAUCUAUCUAGCGGCUUGUGUUAGUUUUUUAUGGCUACUGUAACAAAUUACUGGAAACUUAGUUGGCUUAUAACACAAAUUUAUUCUCUUAGAUUUCUGUGGGUCAGAAUUCUGACAUGACUCUCACCAGGCUGAAAUCAAGAUAUGGGCAUGGCUGCAUUUCCCCUGCUCUAGGAGAGAAUCCAUUUCCUUGCCUUUUCUAGCUUCCAGAGGCUAGCCAUAUCUGUUGGCUCAUGGCCCUAUUAAAGGCAGCAAUGGUGGGUUGAAUCCUCAUACAGCAUCACUCCAAACUCCUCUUUUGCCUCCCUCUUCCACUUUUAAGAAUUACAUAGGGCCUACCUACAUAAACUCAGGAUAAUUUCCCUAUCUUGAAGUCAGCUAAUUAGCAACCUUAAUUCCAUCUUCAAUCUUAAUUCCCCUUAUCAUUUAAGCUAACAUUCACAGGUUCCAGGGAUCAUGGCAUGGACAUCUUUGAAGGAGGGGCAUUAUUCUGACUAUUGCAUUGUUCAAGUCAGAAACUUGAGAGUCACCAUUUACUGUUUAAUCUCUUUAGCACCCUGUGUCUUUUAAGAUUACAUUUGUAUGCAAGUAAGAGGAAACCUGGAUUCAGUACCUUCAACACAUAUGUUUAUUUAUCUCACAUAAUAUGAAGCCCGAAGUAGGCAGUCUAGUGCUGGUGCAGAAACUCAAAAAUAGCAUCUUUCUAGUCCACUCUUCUCAGCAAAUGGCUUUCAUCCUCAGCAUGUCACAACCAUCCAUAGUUACAAAGUGGCUGCUUCACCUACAGCUUCACAUCCAAGUUCAGGAGGAAAGGGUAAUGGCAAAUGAGUAAAGGAAUGAGACAGAGCACUUGUCAGCUAUCUGUCUCUUUUAGAAAACUUUCCUGGAUGUCCUACUCAGCAAUUUCCCCUUAUAUCUCAUUGGCCAGAACUGGUCAUAUGGCCAGUCCUAAUUGCAAGGUAUUCUAAAUUUAUAAAUGAGUAAGUUGCUCUGAUCACAAUGCAGGUUUUGUUAGCAAGAGGGAAGGACAGAAUGGAUAUUGGAAUGGUAUCCAGAAGUGUAUGCCACUUGCCCCAAAUAUAAUGCUAACCCAUGUAGUACUUUUUUUCUCUUACAGAAAGGUAGACGGGGAUGAGUAGAUGGGAGACUGACUUAACUGUUUCUCCAGCUAGGCUGUUGUCUCAAGAAAAUGUUAAAUUGCCGCUUAGUACUCCACAGUAAAGGUGUUGCCAUUCUUGUCAAUAGCUAGAGAAAAUGGGGUUAAUAUGAUUGUUCCAAAGUUGGAGGAGGAAGAAUCUAGCAUAGUAAUUCUGGCUGCUACUCUACUCUCUCCAUUGGAUAAGCGGUAAGAUCUGAUUAGGCCUCCUUUGUAGAGGAGGUAGAAGCAUGUAGCUACUCUCUAAAACUUUGAAGAGUGAACCAAAUGGACCACCCUUAUUCCUUAAUUACUCAAUCUCUCUGUUUCUUUUUGUCUCUUUGUCUCCACUACUCUCUUGCUCUACUCAGUCUUUCAGCACCCCUUUCCCUUUCAGCCCCUUUCCUCACUGGCCAACUUUCUGGGUCAGUCUCUCCUGGAAAGAGACCUACAGAAAUGAUCAAGUCCUAAGACCCCUUUCGGGUUUUUCAAAUUCCAUGGCCUCCAGUGUUGAAUGUAACAUCUGUUCUGAUUCCAUAGAUGGAGUGGGAAUGAAGAAAAUGUAGAAGUCUUCUAGUCUAGGCUACAAUGAAGCUACUUCUUAUUUAGAGUAUCUAAAAUCAAACACAUUUCUCCACCCGAACUAA